AUGACCGUCACCGCCACCGUCUUGACCGUGCUCAGCAUCGUGUCCAGCUUUGCCGUACUGUCCGGCUCGCUCAUCAGCACUUUGCGUCGCCAGCGUCGCCAGCGUCGCCGUUCUGUCCAGCGUUCUGCCUGUUCGAAUGGUUGGCACCAUCUGCAUUUCUGUCUAUGUCUGCUUGACGCUGUGCUGCUCGUAGCUGGAGCGCCGCUGUUUGUAGUUCAUGCGCUGAAAGCUAGAACGGCGGAAUCGAUCUGGGACACGGCCUUCGAGACGUUCGCAACUACGUUUGCUAUUACUGUAGCCUUGGUGUUCCGAUCAGCGGCGUUUGCCGUUCUGACAGCGAACAUGCACUGGAAGCGCAAAUCGUCAAAGCGUUUGCAGGUGGUGCUUCCACUCGCAGCAGCAGCAGUCUUAAGUGGCAUCGUGGCAGUCACAGCAGUCAGAUGCACGUCCAUCAUCCGCGGGUCGUCUUCGUGUGCAGCUGCACCCUUCAACAAGUUCCUGGUCGUCUCAACGCAGAUCGUCUUUGCGGCCUGUGCCACGGUAGGACUCGUCUUGUUUUCUACAGCAACUUGCGAAGCCAAUAAGAGCAAACGCGGUCCGAGUGUGCACCCGCGCACGUCCAUCGUUGCACGUCGAGCGCCAAGCUUAUCCCUCCUCAUCCACACUCAACCGGACCCAUGGACACGACAUAUCGACCUCAACAGCCCGGUCAAGACUGAGUUCGGUCCGCGGCGUCCCAGUCAGCAAGAUAGCGUCGACUACGGCCCCCAACUGGUCCACGGUAUCCUGGGAGACACCGAUCGAACCAUCGACGCAACAACUGCGUCCUUGGGCUAUGCAUCCGCUGUGGCGAGCUCGACGAAUCCGUAUCACAUCUGCUCGGGGGUCUCUCUUGCUUCUCGCGACGCGGUCGCUAGUCUGACUGCUGCGUCGAGGAUUGAUCUUGCUGCAACCGGGGCUGGGCAGACGUCGCGAUACGCUACGACGACGAGCAAGUCUUCUGCCCCGCUUCAGGAAACUCAUGGUGCCGGCUUGUCGUCGAGGACGCCUUCCCCGGGAAUGUUGCAUGUGGCUAGUCGUCCGCACUCCAGGUUGAGUGCAGCAGCGACGGAAGGGCUCUUGCUAGACCGGCGAGCGAACAGCAGUAGCCGGCUCGAUGGUGAAGUCAUCCGGUCUAGGACUUCUUGGGGACAGCUGGCAACAUUCAUGUCUUCGUUGUGGUGUCCGAUCGCACUAUCGUCCAUAGCCAUGCUGGUGAACGCUCCAAGCGGGCAAGCUUAUAUCCUGCUCGCCUCAUUCUGCUUCCCCGCCACGCUCCUCCUUGCUCGAAAACUCGUUCUAGGCUGCUCCAAAGCACAGCACCUUUACCCUCGUGCACCACUUCCUAUCGCACAGAUCCAUUGUCCCGACACUACAACCUCUUCUGCCCGCACAUCCAUCGCUUCGUCAGCCGUAAUCGUCUACAGCACUCCAGAACAGCUUCGAUACCGGCGACCUCAUCUACGCUCUCGCUCGUGUCCGCUCGAGUCAGAGCUUAACGGCUACGGCGAUAAUUUCCUCAGCUGGAACGAACCAGCUGCAGGAAUUUCGGCCAAACAGCGCCAGAGCCUGUCAUCUGCGAAGAGCGUUCCGUAUCUCGGGAAGCACUGGGCAGCGGGCAAGGUCAUUGGCGACCGCGUCGUCGCUCCGAGAAGAAGCUUUGUUCGCGGGCUGAACUUUAUGUUGAAUCCAAAACCAAGGCUGGAGGUGCUUCCGUGUCCCGCGACGCAACACGAGUAUGAUGUUCGAUCUGACAAGGCGACACAUAACAGUGCAAGGCAGUCGGUCCUUCCGACGGCAGAUACGUCGGCAGUGGCGGAAGUCUUGUUGGAAGCGGCGCAUGUGAUAGGGCGGUGGACUGCGGAUAGCGAACGUACGUGCAUCACCCAGUGUUAUGCGCUAGAGGACAGGGUGCAUGCCUCUUCGUCCAUGGUGUCUCUGCAUAUCCCGGAGAUCGACGGUGAAAGUGUGGAUGCGCUGUCUGAGCCACGCGAUGUGAUCCUGAACUUGGACGACAGCCCGGGAAGUCCUCGCCUGCUCACAGACAUGGCUCCCCUCGCCCAUCACACAGAACUCCAAUCGCCGACCAAACGACGAGCCACGGCAGCACCCUACACUCCUGCCAACACAUCGAACCAGACCGGCAUCCACCCCGCCAGUUCCCCAAGCUUUUCGUGCAGCGACGAUUCGCACGUGAUGGGCAGCAGUGCUUCCAGAUUAUUCACCGAGAUCAUGGACAUUCUUCGGAGCAAUUCAAGCCACAGCCGUAUGGUUGACCUUCGAGGUGGCGCUCCCUUCAGUCACAGCUUACACCGCAGUCCACCAAAGGGAUACGCUUCUAUCGAUGCUGAGACCGCCGCUGCCAAAGAGAACAGCAGGUACGACUCCGCGAGCGAAACCUGCGAAACGAUCGUCAUUCACUCGAUGGAGUCGAGCUGUGACUUUCGCACUGCUGCUUCGCAGAGCCAUCCUCUAGCAUCAGGAGACCGCAUCCGUGCUGACGAAGGCGACGGAGACCAGUCGGGUUCCAGAUCGACGUCGGCAACCGAGCAAGCGCAAGGGGGGACAGAGCUCGUGCGGAAUGGGUCCACCUCGAGCACUCUGUCGUUCUCCAGUAUUUCGACCCGGUUCCGCUCCCUGAGGCGAAUUGCUAGGGCGGCCAAUGUGACCCCUUCCGGAUCACCAAACGCAAGAGCCAGAGGCGAACAGCAUCAAGUGAAAAAAAUCAGGAGCAGAACCUUUGCAUCGGCGUUCGGUAUCGAACUGGGCAUACUCAACCGAAAUGGUUUCAAGAGCAGGAGCGAUACUUCUGGUUCGCACGUUGACAGCUCGCCUUCGACGAGUGCAGGAACGUGCCCCUCUUCACUCAUGGAUCUGAGCCUCUCUCCAUCUCCUGCAGUGGCUCGCCAAACCACGAGGCUUUUUGGGGAUCAGCAGGAGACCUCUUCGCCAAACAUCAAUGUCGGCAGCAGCGCUAGAAAGGCGCACAGACGCAAUCUAUCGCGCGCCGACUCAAUCAUGGACCUGCUCGACGAGCAACACAGCGACACGAUCGAGGAGUUGCUCGAAAUCAUUGAUGCCGUGUCUUGCGCGUCACAGGUAGACGAGCCGAUUGGACAAGGUGCAGGUGCGUGGAACGAUGCGGGGAACGCGGAGGAGAGGAGCUUCUCGGAGCACUUUGGGUUGGACUUCGACGGAGAAGCAGUCGGGUUUGACGAAGCGUGCGAGGUAGAUCUGGCAGACGUGACUGUCCACGAUGCUUGGGAACGGUGCUUCGAGCAGGAAGAGUAUAUAUGUGAUAAUGCGCCAUUCGCUACUAAGAAGGAGUACGAGGGAGCUUAUAGCCCAGGAGAGGAUGACCUCGAUCUAAUGGGCUUCAAUACUAGGAGACUAGUCGCUCGUGCUCCUUUUUUAGACACGGUGGUGGAAGCGCCCGAAGAUGAACUGGUUGCAGAAGGCUGCGAGGAACACCAACUCCUUUCAACGCAAGAUCGAUUCGAUCAAGGCCAGGACAGCCAUCAAGGGCGCAUGAAUGACCUGCUCGGGGUAAAGAGCAAUGAUUUUCAAGAUCUUUCUUCGAGCUCCAAGCUGGAACUAAGCUCCGGGUCCGUCGAGAUUAUCGAACAUGGCGCUGGAGCAUCUCGUGGAUCUCUGUUGCUGAAACGCGAGGUAGAGCAGCGUCGAGUCACACAGCUGCUGAUGGAAUACGAGGUUAUGUUCCCGCAAAAGACAUUGUCGAGUAUCGAAGAAGUGACCGAGGCAGCCACCACACUGCGAUCGACAGGAUUUCGAACUAGCAGUGCGGCCAGCGGAAGCAAGUUUCUCGGCGAUAAUAUGGCAAGCACAGCUGACGCAAACUCGAUCCAUCUCGGGCUGCCUCUCUCUUUAGCAUGUCAGCGGGGAGUGGAGCGCAGCGAGAAUGGCACUUCCGAUUCCAAGCCGACUGUUCCGGCGGGUAGGGUCGAUGUCGAUGUCGAUAUCAGCGAGGACCGAGACCAAGAGCACGAAAUGGACGAGUGCAGCGACCUUUCGUCACGCCUAGAAGUCGUACGAGACGUCGAGCUGCAGCCGGACGAAGAGCAGCGAUCCGUUCAUUCGGUGCUCGGGUCCCAGUCACGAGCUCUGACAUGCUGUGGUCACCAGGCGAACAAGCACAGGUAG